AUGCCGGGGGUGGCGGGCAUGCCGGUGCCCAGUCCCCAGCACCCAUGUGACGCCGUGGGGCAGAGUGUGGCCAUGGCGGGCUUCGGGGGGCCGGGGGCCCCACUGCCACUAAUGCCUCUGCUGCUGGCGCUGGCACUGCUGUCACCAUGGGGGUCCGCGGGAGGGAGCUGCCCCCCGCGCUGCGUCUGCGCCUCCAACAUCCUGAGCUGCUCGCAGGCGGUGCUGAGCUCGGUGCCAGCCCCCCUGCCCCGCUUCACCGCCGUCCUCGACCUCAGCCACAACAACGUCAGCCGGCUGCGUGCCGACUGGGCGCCGGUGCGGCUGGCCCACCUCCACGCCUUGCUGCUCAGCCACAACGGGCUCUCCUUCGUCUCCACUGAAGCCUUCGCCCACGUACCCCACCUGCGGCACCUGGACCUCUCCUCUAACCGUCUCCGGGCACUGGAGGAGAACCUCUUCAGCGACCUGGCCGAGCUGGAGGUCCUCCUCCUCUACAACAACGAGAUCUCCGCUGUGGAUCGCACCGCCUUCGAUAACCUCAGCCGCCUCCGUAAGCUUUACCUGGGGCAAAACCGCAUCGCCCGCUUCCCACUGGAGCUGCUGCGCGAUGGCAGCCGCCUGCCCCAGCUGGCCCUGCUCGACCUCUCGGCCAACCGCCUCCGCAGCUUGCCCAUCGGCGAGCUGCAGGCACUGCCUGCCUGGCUGCGUGACCGCCUCUACCUACAUGGCAACCCACUGGCCUGCGACUGCCCACUUUUCCAGCUGGUUGCCCGUGGUCGUCGCCGCCGGUUGAGCGCCGUGAUGGAUUUCCAGGAGGAGUUGCGGUGCUUGCUGCCCAACACCCAGGCGCACGUCGGUAUCCUCGCCCUGGCCGGCCGGCAGCCGCUCAACUGCAGCGAGGCACGGGAAGCGGUGCUGGAAGCCCACCUGGGUGACACUGUCACCCUCAGCUGCGACACCCGGUUACGGGGGGUACGUAACCGGCACUGGGUGACGCCGGGAGGCGAACGGGUGUUGGAGGAAGGGGGUAACGGCAGUGCCGCUCUCCUGGCGAACGGCAGCCUGCAGCUGCGGGCGCUGCGCCCCGAGGACGCCGGCACCUACUCCUGUUGGGUGGCGGGUCCCCUCCUCAAUGAGACCCUUUACGUGGAGCUGCUGGUGCACAACUUCACCCUGCACGGUCCCCACGACACCCUCAACACCGCCUACACCACGCUGGUGGGCUGCAUCCUCAGCGUGGUGCUGGUGCUCAUCUACCUGUACCUCACCCCUUGCCGCUGCUGCUGCUGCCGGGGUGCCGACAAGCCGCCGGCUCCCCGCGAUGACAGCAUCAACUCCUCCGUCCUCAGCACCACCCCCAACCACGCUGCCGCCGGUGUCCCCGGGGAGCCUUGCCGGUCCCGCUCGGCCUCUGCCACCGGCCCGGGGCAGAACGGCAGGUUCAAGGUGGGGGGCACCCCCCAGCCGCCCCCCCGGCACGGCCCCAAGGCGCAAAGGAAGGUGUCGGAUCCAGACUCAGUCAGCUCCGUCUUCUCCGACACCCCCAUCGUGGUGUAG